UCGUUUUUCCUUCCGCCCCUCCUCCCCAUACAGCUGAUCGGAACAGGAUUUAAAACCCCACCACCUGCACUGUGUUGUUACAGAGGACAAGGAGAAGCUGAAAACAGCACACAGUUCUCCACAGCUGACUGGAAUAAAGUGUAGGAUGGCAGAUUUUGGACUGUAUACGUACCAGGAGGAGGUGGUUGAAAGGGCUCUUCAGAGAGAGAACAUAAUUAUCUGGCUGCCGACAGGAGGUGGAAAGACCCGUGCCGCUGUGUAUGUGGCCAAAAGACACCUGGAGACCACACCGCGUGCUAAGGUGGUGGUCCUGGUGAACAAGGUUCACCUCGUAGACCAACAUUACAACAAAGAGUUCAGGCCUCACCUGGGACGUGACUACACCUUGGUGCCAGUCAGUGGAGAGAGCGAGGAGAAAGACUUCUUUGGAAAAGUGGUGCAGGACUCCGACGUGGUCAUCUGCACAGCGCAGAUCUUAUAUAAUGCUCUGACUAACACGGAGGAAACCAAACACGUUGAGCUCUCCGAUAUUACUCUACUGAUAAUUGAUGAGUGUCACCACACCCACAAAGAGUCAGUCUACAACAAGGUGAUGAGAUGUUAUGUCGAGAAAAAGUUGAAAAGAGAACAUCCAUUGCCACAGAUCCUGGGUCUCACUGCGUCACCAGGGACGGGGGGCGCAAAGAUCCUGGAAAAGGCUGUGGAGCAUGUCCUGCAGAUUUGUGCCAACCUGGACUCAGCCAUAGUUUCAACUAAAAACUAUGCCCCUGAGCUGAAGAAGAAAGUACCCAAACCCAUCAAGACAUUUGACAUUGUGGAGAAAAGGCGUGAGGAUCCUUUUGGGGAUCAUCUGAAGUGGAUGAUGGAGCUGAUCCAUGGGUACAUGAACCCGCCUCCAGACUUCAGACUGAGAGAGUGUGGCACUCAAGAGUAUGAGGCAGAUAUGGUGACUUUAGAAAAGCGAGGAGUAAGAGAGGAAAACAGACUGCUACAACAAUGUGCAAUCCACCUCAGACAGUACAACGACGCCCUGCUCAUCAACGACACCCUGCGAAUGAGCGAUGCUUAUCACACUCUAGAGGAAUUCUACACCACUACCACAGUCAUCGAUGGAACAGAUAUCUUCCUGAGAGGACUUUUCCAAGAGAACAAGGUGGAGCUGGAGAGACUUGCAAAGGAUCAUCGCUUUGAGAACCCAAAGAUGGCCAAACUUGAGAGUGUUCUUCUAAACCAGUUUGGUGCAGGUAUGCAAUCGAGGGGGAUCCUCUUCAGUAAAACCCGCAAGAGCACCCGCUGCUUAAAUGACUGGGUUGUCAAAAACAGAGCCUUGCAGGAAGCUGGCAUCAAGGCAGCAAUCCUUACUGGGGCUGGCAAUGGCAUCACUUACAUGACACAGCCCGAGCAGGCGGACACAAUCCGCAGUUUCCGCCGUGGUAUUUUCAACCUUCUGAUCUCCACCAGUGUGGCUGAAGAAGGCCUUGACAUCCCAGAAUGCAACCUGGUGGUGCGCUAUGGACUGCUCACCAAUGAGAUUGCCCAGCAGCAGGCCAGUGGACGUGCCAGAGCACAAAAUAGCCAGUAUUCAGUGGUCGCCUCGAAAGGGGGACGGGAAGAGCGCAGAGAGAAAACCAAUGAAUAUCUGGAGGAGCUGACCGGAAAAGCCAUCGAUGUGGUCCAAGAAAUGAGCCUCCAAGAGUUUCGCAGAAGGAUAACUGAACUACAGAAACAUGCGGUUAUUAGCAGUAAAUUUGCAGAGCUCUGCAAAACAGAGAAGAAGAGUCGCUACACCGCCUCCAGUAUCCGGCUCUUGUGUCGCAACUGUUUUAAGGCUGUGGCCUCCGGCAGCGACAUUAAACUUGUUGACAAUGCGCACUAUGUCAACGUCAAUCCUGACUUUAAGAAAAACUACAAAGUCGGUGGGCAGGUGAUGAUAAACAGGAGUUUUGAGGACUGGGAGCCUGGGUGCACUGUCAAUUGCAACAAUGGCAACUGCAACUUGCAAUGGGGAUUUGAGAUGAAGUACAAGGAGGCCGCCAUUCUGCCCAAUCUAGCCAUCAAGAACUUUGCCCUGGAGACCCCUGAUGGCAGGAUGACUGUCAAGAAGUGGAAGGAUGUCCUUUUCACUGUUGAGGACUUCAGCUUUGAACAAUACUGCCAAGACAACUUCCCUAACCUCUUCGACUGAGACACCAGCGAGAGAGCUCUGUCUGGGUUUUGUUUCCCCCACUUCACGUCAGUUUUUAUCUGUUUUUUUUUUUUAUCCUUGUCUACUGGUGUUAGAUCUGUGCUCAUUUGGAGCCAUGAUCAUUGUACUGUUUGAGGUGUUUAUAUAUAUAUAUGAGCAUGUUACUCAAAAAUGUCACUAUGCAUGUGCUAGCACUUAUUUGUGCUGCAGGGCCAAUGAGCCAGCAGUGUGCUAAAACCCAUUACGCAUCGAUCAUGCUUGAAAUUAGCAUGACAGCUUUGUUUAUGCCCAAGGUCUCAACUUCCUUUGCAUGUUUUCAUGUAUAUUUUGCCUGCUUCAUGUCAAGUUAAGCACAGACAAACAGCACAAAAUGAACUCUGCUGUAACACGAACCUUAACCAUCACGAACACUGGACAUACCAUCAUGAAGAUGAUUCCUCGUGAACGUGCUUUUAGCAGUUUUAAAAUGCUUUUAAUGGGCAACUAUUUUUUCUUUUAAUGAGAGAUCCAGUAGCAUAUACGUGUGUGUGUAUGUGUGUAUAUGUGUGUAUGUGUGUGUAGUAUGCUGAUAUUAUAAAGAUACAGAUUAUCUCAAAUUCUCUUCUUUUACCAGGGGUUAGGUUUACCAUUAUUGUAUGCUAUUUGCUGACAUUGAAAUAUCAGCUGUAACAUUAAUUAUUUUUGUUGUUGUUGUUGCUUUAUACUUUUAUAUCAGCUAAUCAUGGUGUAUGUAAACUAAAACUAGUUGGGACAAAACUGAAAUAAAAAUUCCUCUUGUCUAAGAAA